AUGUCGGCGCAGGAGACCUUGUUCCGACACUGCGGCACGGCGUCCACGGCGGCCUUCGCCUUGAUUACGGUGUCGAACCCAUCUCCGGCCAGAGAUAGGUUAUCCGGGUGGUCCUUCUCGGCGGUGUUGGACCCCGAGGACGCCACCAUGACGGACGCAUCACAUCCCUGAAAUCCACGCGGUUAGAACCGACACAAUGGCUCAAGCUGGCUGCGGAGGUUGCCGUGGAGGUGUUUCCUACCUCGACGAAGCAGUCGUGGAAGAAGAGCCGGAGGGUGGCGGGGACGGUGACGAAUGUUUGCCGGAACUUGGUCUGCACCACCCCCCUCACGAUGUUCUCCACGUUGGGGCAUGUGUUGGCGUAGUAGUCCCGCCGAAGCUGCGCCGCAGCCGGCACUGA